AGGCCACGUACAUUUAUAGCGUUUUAGUGAAAAAUAAAACUAUAUUUCGAAUACGUCGUGUAAAAUGACAGUAUUUGAAAUAUGCGCGCGCGUGUUCGAUGACAGCAGUUAUCGACUAUGUUGGACUGCGAUCAAGAUGGCGGCAGAGCGUCGGCACCGAUGAUUCUUCUCUGCUGCUAACACACACACACAUAUAUAUAUUUUUACAGUUAAAUGAUCGUAACUUGAUUUAAGAAAUGGGUUUAUCGCAGAGUGCGGAAGUUUCCGAAGGUGGAACAUAUGGAUAUCACGUACAUGGUAUUCAACCUAAUUCACCUGCAGAAAAAUGUGGGCUGGAACCAUUUUUCGACUUCAUUCUUUCACUGGACAACAGAAGACUUAAUGAAGAAAAUGACCAGCUGAAGGAGAUUCUUAAGGCCAACAUGGAAAAAAUGGUGAGGAUAGAAGUGUUGAGCACUAAAACCAUGAGAGUCAGGGAGCUGGAGGUGGUGCCCAGUAAUAUGUGGGGAGGCCAAGGUCUGCUGGGAGCCAGUGUUCGCUUCUGCAGCUAUCAAGGCGCCAAUGAGAAUGUCUGGCAUGUUCUGGACGUGGAGGCAAGUUCCCCCGCUGCACUAGCCGGACUUCAUCCUCAUACUGACUUCAUUGUCGGGGCUGAUCAGGUGCUGCAAGAUUCGGAAGACUUCUUUUCGCUCAUCGAGGCUCAUGAAGGGAAGCAACUCAAGCUGUUGGUUUACAGCACACUCACAGACGCCUGCAGAGAAGUUCUUGUCACACCGAAUGGAGCCUGGGGAGGAGAGGGCAGUUUGGGCUGUGGGAUCGGUUAUGGUUACCUGCACCGCAUCCCUGCUCAUCCUGACGUACCCACUGAACACCCCUCUGUCCCUCCUGAGGAGGAAACUCCAGUUCCACAGCUGCCCUUACAUGGAUACACAGAGACACCCCUCAUGGCACCAACAAGUCCCCUGGAAGAGAUGCUGAAUUCUGAGGAGUCUGUGCUGCAGGAUGCUCCUCCUCUUCCACCACCUGUUCAGAGAGUCCUGGACCCAGGCUUCUCAGAUUCUGAAGUGGCUGCGAUGAACCCUGACCCCACAGAUCUAAUGGACAGACUGGACCUGUCCAUGUCGUCCAUUGACAUGACUGACACAGCACUGGCAAUGCAUGAAGAGAAGGACGGUGAUAUUUCAGGUGUUGAGGAGCUGGCGAGCAGUGGGAUGCUCUCAACAGUCAGCGACGCAAGUGACCCACAGGAGUUGAGCUCAGUAGCAGCUGAAGACCUUAUCUCCGCUCAGACUUCUGACCUCUUAACAUCAACAGAGCAGGCUGCCUGCGAGUCCAGUCGGAGUCCCAGCACAGACGCCCCGUCUCUUCCUGUCGAAACUCUUGAUCCUGCUGCUGAAGAUUCCUCACCAGCACUGGUCCAGUCAGCGGAGGAGGACUCUCCAACUCAGGCGGUGGUUGAUGCAGCCUUAGCUGAUGUUUUACACUUUCAAGAGGAAAGCGUUUCCCAGUCUGAAGCUGAUCAUGGUGACCUUCAGGAUGACCCGGAGAUUGAGGAGCAGGAUGAGUGAGAGUCAGAAGCUGCGCAAAAGCACCAAAGGAAAUAACAAACCAGUAGGAAGAACUAGACUUUUUAAAAAUAGUUUUUAUGUUUGAGAAGUAUUUUAACUAUAAGGCAUUACAUAUUUUAUUUGUAAUUAGAUAGUACGGGUCAUGUCACUUCUAGCACACCUGCUUUUUUCCGGCUAAACACUGGAAACAGCAGACGGGUGCUGGCUCUAUCGCUCGCGGUGCUACUGUGUGUGAGCAUUUUUUCAUGUAUCUGAAGGGCAAAUUGAGGUCGCUAUUUUUAUCGUUCAAGUUUUUUUGUUUUAAUAAGUUGAGAUGAAAUCACAAGAAUAUCAAAUACUUGAAAGUAUGAAGUUCCAGAGAGUCACGUCACUACAAUUGGUCAGAGGGACCUUGAAAAUACAAGCAAGUAACUAAUCCCGUCUCUCUUCUUCGAAUCUAUUAAUAUGGGGGACCGUCUGCACUACUGAAGCCUGUUUAAACUGACAUUUGCGUCCCCACUCAGCUACUUUCAGAACUACCGAAUUCAGACGAACGUCGCUUAAUUCAUAUUUCAUUGCGCUCUUCAAGAACAUAUUAGAGAAGCCUCUUCUCAAUCUUCCUACUGAUCUAUGCAAGUGUUUUAGAGACGACGUUACCAUAUCUGGGUUUUUACAAGCGUGUAGAUAAAUUGUACUUUUGUCUGGUGAAAGUGUAAAACACAGAUGUAUUUUUGCAGCCAUUUUACCAAUUGAUGGUUUUUAACGUGGAAGAAUGUGCUGGAUAAACAAUCAUCACUUUAAA